GCUAAGUACGUUCGGUUGUUAGAAAGUUAAUGGCUUGGAGGAAAGAGACGCUCUUCUCGCUUCAGGAUUUUUCUGAAGUAUAAACAUAAUUACUAACAACCUCAAAGAAAGUUUAAGACAAUAUUGCGUCUAUUAGAAUACAAAAUAAUAAGGAAAGUAUGCAGGAUGCAGUAGCCGGGACGGCAAUGCUGACAGACGGCUUCGAGGACGAGAUUGACUCUGUGACUCCGCGCUCCCCUGCCGUAGGAAUGGGAGUUGGAGCCACACCAGGAGCCGGACUCGGGGGUUUAGGGAUUGGUGUUGGUGGAAAGAAAGUCCGCUUGUUUGGCGAGGCUGGUGGGCCUGCAGCUGACCGGCUUGAUUUCCAGCUCGCAGCGGCCGCAGUGCUUUCCUCCGGCCCUGGAUCUGCCAGCGACGAUGAUGAGGUAUCUGAGGUGGAGUCCUUCAUAUUAGACCAGGAAGACCUGGACAACCCCAUGCUAAAGACGGCGUCAGAGCUGCUCCUGUCCAGCGCUGCCGACGGAGCUGAUCUCAGAACAGUGGACCCAGAAACACAAGCCAGAUUGGAGGCUCUGCUGGAAGCAGCCGGUAUUGGUAAACUGUCCACUACCGAUGGUAAAGCCUUCGCAGAUCCAGAGGUGCUACGCCGCUUGACGUCGUCCGUGAGCUGUGCGCUGGACGAGGCCGCCGCCGCUCUCACACGCAUGAGGGCCGAAAACACACUCAACGCCAGCCAGGCAGACAAUCUGGUUAUUUUCAGCCGUAGCUUGGCGGAGGCGUGCUCGGACGGGGACGUCAACGCUGUGAGGAAGCUGCUGGAUGAGGGGAGGAGCGUCAACGAACACACAGAGGAGGGAGAGAGUCUGCUCUGCCUAGCCUGCUCUGCUGGGUACUAUGAACUUGCACAGGUCUUGCUGGCCAUGCACGCUAAUGUUGAAGAUCGGGGGAUCAAGGGUGACAUCACGGCCCUCAUGGCAGCAGCCAGCGGCGGCUACGUAGACAUAGUCAAACUGCUGCUGGUACAUGGGGCUGACGUCAACGCACAGUCCUCCACAGGUAACACAGCGCUGACGUACGCGUGUGCGGGUGGCUUCCUGGACGUGGUGAAGGUGCUGCUGAAGGAAGGCGCCAACAUCGAGGACCACAACGAGAACGGCCACACCCCUCUGAUGGAGGCGGCCAGCGCGGGUCACGUGGAGGUGGCCCGGGUGCUCCUGGAGUACGGGGCUGGUAUCAACACGCACUCCAACGAGUUCAAGGAAAGUGCCCUUACGCUGGCCUGCUACAAAGGGCACCUGGACAUGGUGCGCUUCCUGUUAGAGGCUGGGGCUGACCAGGAGCACAAGACCGACGAGAUGCACACAGCACUCAUGGAGGCUUGUAUGGAUGGGCAUGUGGAGGUGGCGCGGCUGCUGUUGGACAGCGAGGCGCAGGUCAACAUGCCCGCUGACUCUUUCGAGUCUCCGCUGACGCUGGCGGCCUGUGGGGGCCAUGUAGAGCUUGCUGCCCUACUGAUGGAGAGGGGCGCCAACCUGGAGGAAGUCAACGAUGAGGGAUACACGCCCCUCAUGGAAGCUGCACGAGAGGGCCACGAGGAGAUGGUGGCGCUGCUUUUGGCACAAGGUGCCAAUAUCAACGCUCAGACAGAGGAGACCCAGGAGACUGCCCUGACACUGGCCUGCUGCGGGGGCUUCCUGGAGGUGGCUGACUUCCUCAUCAAGGCCGGGGCCGACAUCGAGCUGGGCUGCUCCACACCUCUCAUGGAGGCUGCACAGGAGGGACACCUGGAGCUGGUCAAGUACCUGCUGGCUGCCGGAGCCAAUGUCCACGCCACAACGGCGACGGGAGACACGGCGCUGACUUACGCCUGUGAGAACGGACACACAGACGUGGCGGACGUGCUGCUGCAGACGGGGGCUGACCUGGAGCAUGAAUCGGAGGGGGGCAGGACCCCUCUAAUGAAAGCUGUUAGAGCGGGCCACCUCUGUACUGUACAAUUCCUAAUCAGCAAAGGAGCUAAUGUGAACAGGGCGACGGCCAACAAUGAUCACACAGUAGUGUCUCUGGCCUGCGCCGGGGGCCACCUGGCCGUGGUGGAGCUGCUGCUGUCCCAUGGGGCUGAUCCUACACACAGACUGAAGGAUGGCUCCACCAUGCUGAUCGAAGCUGCUAAGGGCGGUCACACCAUCGUGGUGUCCUAUCUCCUCGACUACCCCAACAACGUCCUGUCGGUCCCCGUGCCAGACUUGUCUCAGCUCACACCCCCCUCACAUGACACCUCUCCGGCUCCACGAGUUCCAUUCCAAGCCCUGGCCAUGGUGGUGCCUCCUCAAGAGCCAGACAGAGUCCCCUCCAACAUCACAACGCCUCCACCCGUCAUCACAAAAGGCGGUUCCAAGCAGAGGCUGAGCCCCCUACAGGGCAGCCCCGUCGCUGCAGGCGGUCCAGACGCGGACCUGCUGCCUCCCUUCCACCCGUACCAGCCCCUAGAGUGCAUCGUGGAAGAGACUGAGGGCAAGCUGAACGAGCUUGGCCAGAGGAUCUCCGCUAUAGAGAAGGCCCAGCUGCAGUCCUUGGAGCUCAUCCAGGGAGAACCUCUCACCAAAGACAAGAUCGAGGAGCUGAAGAAGAGCCGCGAGGAGCAGGUCCAGAAGAAGAAGAAGAUCCUCAAGGAGCUGCAGAAGGUGGAGCGCCAGCUGCAGCUCAAGACACAGCAGCAGUUCACCAAAGAGUACAUGGAGGCCAAAGGCCUGAAGGACGACCCGGGGCAGCUUGGCCAGGCGGCAGGGGUGGAGCAGCCCGGCACCCCCCUGCCCAUGCAGGCUGCAGAGCCGGGCUUCGACACCGAGGGGGACGGGGAGGGAAUCCACCACCAUGAUGGACAGCCCCACCCCGCCGCCGAGGAACAGGAUGAUGAUGAGGAGGACUAUGCCAAGCUACCUCAGGUGGACACCAUCCUGUAUAGACAUGCCCAGGAACCCCCGCCACCCGCACCUCCUCACACCCAGAACCUGCAGAGUCCCGCACCUCCUCACACCCAGAACCUGCAGGGUCCCGCUCCUCCUCACACCCAGAACCUGCAGGGUCCCGCUCCUCCUCACACCCAGAACCUGCAGGGUCCCGCUCCUCCUCACACCCAGAACCUGCAGGGUCCCGCUCCUCCUCACACCCAGGACCUGCAGGGUCCCGCACCUCUUCACACCCAGAACUUGCAGGGUCCCGCUCCUCACACCCAGGACCUGCAGGGCCCCGCUCCUCCUCACACCCAGGACCUGCAGGGUCCCGCUCCUCCUCACACCCAGGACCUGCAGGGUCCCGCUCCUCCUCACACCCAGGACCUGCAGGGUCCCGCUCCUCCUCACACCCAGGACCUGCAGGGACCCGCUCCUCCUCACACCCAGGACCUGCAGGGUCCCGCUCCUCCUCACACCCAGGACCUGCAGGGUCCCGCUCCUCCUCACACCCAGGACCUGCAGGGUCCCGCUCCUCCUCACACCCAGGACCUGCAGGGUCCCGCUCCUCCUCACACCCAGGACCUGCAGGGUCCCGCUCCUCCUCACACCCAGGACCUGCAGGGUCCCGCUCUUCCUCACACCCAGGACCUGCAGGGUCCCGCUCUUCCUCACACCCAGGACCUGCAGGGUCCCGCUCUUCCUCACAACCAGGACCUGCAGGGUCCCGCUCCUCCUCACACCCAGGACCUGCAGGGUUCCGCUCCUCCUCACACCCAGGACCUGCAGGGUUCCGCUCCUCCUCACACCCAGGACCUGCAGGGUCCCGCUCCUCCUCACACCCAGGACCUGCAGGGUCCCGCUCCUCCUCACACCCAGGACCUGCAGGGUCCCGCUCCUCCUCACACCCAGGACCUGCAGGGUCCCGCUCCUCCUCACACCCAGGACCUGCAGGGUCCCGCUCCUCCUCACACCCAGGACCUGCAGGGUCCCGCUCCUCCUCACACCCAGGACCUGCAGGGUCCCGCUCCUCCUCACACCCAGGACCUGCAGGGUCCCGCUUCUCCUCACACCCAGGACCUGCAGGGUCCCGCCCCUCCUCACACCCAGGACCUGCAGGGUCCCGCCCCUCACACCCAGGACCUGCAGGGUCCCGCUCCUCCUCACACCCAGGACCUGCAGGGACCCGCUCCUCCCCUCCUACAGGCCCGCUUCUUACCCUCCCAUCUCCUGGUCACCCAGCAGUCCACAGACUUCAGUACGGCAGACUACCCCGUCAGCUCCAGCCCCGAUCUGGAGAGGGUAAUGGUGAACCAGCAGCAGAUGUUGUGGCAGCAGUUGACAGACCUGGGACCGGGCCUUCUCACCCAGGCCCCUGAAGGACUCAUGGUGGCCACCCCAGCACAGACCCUCACAGAUACUUUGGACGACAUCAUGGCAGCAGCGGUGAGCAGCAGAGUCCCCAUGUUGAGCACGACGGCCUCGCCCACAACACAGACGCCCAUCCAUUCAGUGUCCCCACACUCCAUGCUCCCCCUCUACCCCUCCGUAGACAUUGACGCACACACGGAGAGUAAUCACGACACCGCUCUGACGCUGGCCUGUGCGGGCGGUCACGAGGAACUGGUGUCGGUGCUUGUCGCCCGCGGGUCUAACAUCGAGCAUCGGGAUAAGAAAGGUUUCACUCCUCUGAUCCUGGCUGCCACAGCGGGUCAUGUUGGCGUGGUGGAGAUCCUGCUGGAUAAAGGAGGGGACAUCGAAGCCCAGUCUGAGAGAACCAAAGACACUCCUCUCUCCCUGGCCUGCUCUGGAGGAAGACAAGAGGUGGUGGAGCUGUUGCUGCUGCGCGGGGCCAACAAGGAGCACCGUAACGUUUCAGACUACACUCCGCUCAGCCUGGCCGCCUCAGGGGGCUUCGUCAACAUCAUCAAGAUCCUCCUCAACGCUGGAGCUGAAAUCAACUCCAGGACUGGGAGUAAGCUGGGUAUCUCUCCUCUGAUGCUGGCUGCCAUGAACGGUCACGUCCCUGCGGUCAAGCUGCUGCUGGACAUGGGCUCAGACAUCAACGCUCAGAUCGAGACUAACCGCAACACGGCUCUGACCCUGGCCUGCUUCCAGGGACGGGCGGAGGUGGUCAGUCUGCUGCUGGACCGCAAGGCCAACGUGGAGCACCGCGCCAAGACUGGGCUGACCCCCCUCAUGGAGGCGGCUUCGGGUGGCUAUGCUGAGGUGGGGCGGGUGCUGCUGGAUAAGAGCGCUGACGUCAACGCCCCACCUGUCCCCUCCUCCCGAGACACCGCGCUCACCAUCGCUGCAGACAAGGGCCACUACAAGUUCUGUGAGCUCCUAAUCAACCGAGGUGCUCACAUUGACGUGCGCAAUAAGAAGGGAAACACUCCCCUGUGGCUGGCGGCCAACGGCGGCCAUUUUGACGUGGUGCAGCUGCUGGUGCAGGCUGGGGCCGAUGUCGACGCAGCAGACAACCGCAAGAUCACACCACUCAUGGCUGCCUUCCGCAAGGGCCAUGUGAAGGUGGUUCAGUACCUGGUCAAGGAGGUCAACCAGUUCCCCUCGGACAUCGAGUGCAUGAGAUACAUUGCCACCAUCACCGACAAGGACCUGCUGAAGAAAUGUCACCAGUGCAUGGAGACCAUUGUCAAAGCCAAAGACCAGCAGGCAGCAGAGGCCAACAAGAACGCAAGCAUUCUGCUGAAGGAGCUGGACUUGGAGAAGUCCAGGGAGGAGAGUAAGAAGCAAGCCCUGGCCGCUAAGCGUGAGAAGCGUAAGGAGAAACGCAAGAAGAAGAAGGAAGAGCAGAAGAGGAAGCUGGAGGGGGAGGAAGAGGAGGAGGAAGAGGAGGCCAAAGUAAAAGAGGAGUUGGAGGACCAAGACUCCUCUGAAGACGGUGAUGUCCCCAUUGACCCGCCCAGCGCUACCACCACCACUACCAUCGGCAUCUCUGCCACCUUCACCAACGCCUUCGCCAAGAAACGAGCCAAUGUAGCGACCACGCCCAGCACCAACCGCAAGAACAAGAAGAACAAGACCAUGGAGCCCAUCAUCCUGCAGGACCCCCAGGUGGUGCUGGCUCAGCAGAACACUGACAAAAACAAGAUCCACAGGGAGCCCAGGGGCGGCGGGGUGCCGGGUGGCAGCGACUCAGACAACCUGGACAGCACCGACUGCAACAGUGAGAGCAGCAGCAGCGGAGGCAAGAGCCAGGAGCUCAACUACCUACCGGACAUGCCCUCUUCAUCUUCCUCAUCCUCGUCUUCAUCGUCUGCUCCCUCGGGGGUGAGCCAACAGCCCCAGCCGGUCCCUGAGAAGAGGCACAUCUCCCGAGACCACAAGGUCACAGUGUCCAUCUCCAAACCACACCAGAAACUCCAUGACUGCAUCAACGUCCUGGCGCCCAGCUCCCUCCCCCCCUCCUUCAAAACCAUUUCACUGCCGGUCACCUCGCCCAACAGCAAAAUGAACCUCACCAGCCCCAAGAGGGGCCAGAAGAGGGAAGACGGCUGGAAAGAGGUGGUACGGAGAUCUAAGAAGCUAUUGGUGCCUGCCUCUGUCGUGUCUCGGAUCAUGGGCAGAGGUGGCUGUAAUAUCACUGCCAUUCAGGACGUGACCGGUGCUCACAUCGACGUGGACAAACAGAAGGACAAGAAUGGAGAAAGGAUGAUCACUAUCAGAGGAGGCACAGAGUCGACUCGGCACGCUGUGCAACUGAUCAACGCCCUGAUCCAGGACCCAGCCAAGGAGCUGGAGGACCUAAUCCCCAGAAACCACAUCCGCGCCCCUGGCACCAGCACCAAGAUGGGCUCCACCUACACCACCUCCACAGGGGCCACCAACACUACGGCGGCCGGCUCAAAGGGUCUGGCAUCAGUGUUUCCGUCGUCUGCUGUGUCCUUCCAGACCCCCCCGGUCUCUCAGCAGGGAGGGAAGAUGGGAAAGAACCUGUCCCCCGGGGUGAGGCCCCCCUUUGUUUCAUUGCCCCUGGCGUACGCCAACCCACAUCUGGCCCUGCUGGCUGCCCAGACCAUGCACCACAUCCGACACCCACGUCUGCCUAUGGCACAGUUCGGUGGCACCUUUUCUCCAUCGCCUAACACCUGGGGCCCGUUCCCGGUGCGGCCCGUCAACCCUGGCAGCACUCACAGCUCUCCCAAGCACAACGGGAGCACUGCCCCCCGGCCCUCGCCGGUCUCCGCUGCCCAUCCGGAGUACACAGCUCCUGCCUCUACAGCGGUCCCUGCAGCCACCGCCUCGCCCACCAGCACUGCCCCCUCCGGCACCCCAACGCCCUACUCUGCCAGGAAGCAGCUCUUCUCUGGCGAACCAAGGACGACCAGCAUGACAGCUGUCACUUCCACAGUGAGCAACGUUCCCGCCACGCAGCUAGCCCCUGCACCCUCCACCAUGCCCUCUACGCCGUCCUCCCCUUCCGUGCCCAUCGCCCCGUCUGCACAGCAGCUGCUCGUCUCCAAGCCAGAGCCUGAUGGUGGCGCCACGCCUGGUAAAGAGAAGUCCUCUCCAGAUGCAGCACCUGUCCAAGGUGGAGCGUCUGAAUGUUCCAGCUCCAACGGCCCCAUGUACUUCACAGGUCCUCCAACGGCUCCCCCAUCACUGGCCUCCCAGCAGCCAGACAGCCGACAGCAUCAGCUUCCCCUCCCCUUCUCCCCCAGCACAGAGCCCAGCCCCCCGGCCGCCCAGCCUCCCUGCUCCCACCUGCCCUCCUCUCACGCUGCACCAGCAGGGGGCAGCACCGUACCUCACUACGCACAGCCUUCUCCCUCCUGCGUGCAGCCGUCGGCUCAGGUCUACCCCAUGCCAGCUGGGACAUCUCCACAGGAGCACCAUUCUAUGUUUGUUCCCUCUGGAGCCUCCCAGGAGCAACACCAGAAACAGCAGCAGCAGUAUGCCAACCAAGGCAUGGCACCCCCUUCCAUGGGCAUGAUGAACGGCUCCCAGAUGCACAGCCACGGGGGCAAGACCCAGCAGCUGCCCCCCAACUACGGCCCCACCGCCCUCUUCAACCAUUUCAGCAGCAUGUUUGACAGCAACCAGGUGGGCAACAAUCAGGUGUGGGGAGCAUGUCACCUGCCUGCCCGGACCCCUCCGCAGCAGGCCUACAUGGGAGGCAUGGGACAGAUGGAGAACGUGAUGCCAGCUCCUGACGGCUCCAAGGCUCCAGGGUAUCGCUGUAACUCCCAGAGGAUUGUCACCAGUCCCAUUGGCAUGCACCACAUGGACCCGUCGGGAAACUCCAUCUCUUCGUCUGCUGCUCUGACCAGCUUCGCCACCAGUAUCUCUGGCAGUGCAGUGUACCUACAGGGUCCAUCCCCGGUGGGAACCCCCUCCUUUAGCCGCCAGCACUUCUCCCCUCACCCCUGGAGCGCCUCCACCUCCAGUGAGUCCCCGGUGUCCUCUGUGUCGUCCCCUCUUUGUGCGUCCACAGUGACCACGGCUCUGAUUCAGGCUAAGCCCAGCAGCAACAGCCAGCAGGAUCGCAAGGUGCCCCCACCCAUUGGCACUGAGCGCCUGGCACGCAUCCGCCAGACGGGUUCCGUGAACCACGCCAUGCUCACAGCCAGCUACACGCCGCCUGUCGGACAGGGGGGCAUCUGGUCCUUCGGCGUGGGCAGUGCGUCUGUCCUCCCCUGCUCUUACCCUCCACCUUUAGAGGCGAUGUCAGGCUGGUCUCAGCCCCUGAUGGGCGGUCACAUGAUGCACCAGCAGAGUGGCUUCUCCCAGCACCAAGCCAUGGAGCGGGACGACACCGGCAUCGUGAACCCCUCCAACACCUUCCAUCAACCCAUGCCCACCAACUUCAUGGACUUCCCAAAGGGUUUGCCAAUGUCAAUGUAUGGCGGGACGAUCAUUCCUCCCCACCCUCCUAUGGGAGAGGCCCCUGGGGGCCCCAUGUACAACGGGCUCCAUAGCGCUGACCCUGCCUGGAAUCCCAUCAUGAACGUGGUCUCCAACGCUGCAGAGACUGCAGAAACCCAGCAGGUCUGGCCUGGGACUUGGGCCCCGCACGUUGGAAAUGUGCACCUGAAUCACGUCAACUAAACACAUCUAGCGAUUGAAGCAUAGGACCAUUUAACAAGACUCAUACACGUUUAAGAGAACCAGAUAAUUACAUAAUAUACAAAGAUAUUAACCUAGGGAGUGUCCAUAAACUGAGAAAUUGGAUGGUCGGACACCAUUUUGAUGUGCCUAACUAAAAAGAUGAAUUCCGUGUGGGCUGUAACGUGUUUAUCACUGUCUAUGAACAAACCGAUUGCCUGUUAAACAGGAUCCAUUCUUUGCGUAGUAUAGCCAUUAUUUUUACUUUAAAAGCCCCACAUUUUAAUUGUUCUUGGUCUGCAGGGCUCUACAGGACUGUACGCUUAUUUAUACUCAGCCCAAGAACUAGGUGAUAACAUAAAGCGAGAACUCAGACCUUUUUAGUGGUAAAUACAUGUAUAAUUGUUUACAUACUAAAAAAAAGGGGUUAAAACCAGAUUACAUGUCGUAUAGUGACUCUACUGUAUUAAUGUGUAAUAUUUACCUUAAUAGUCAAUAAAAAGACAAAACUGUA